ACUCGAUGUAUUUAAACUAUAUGCUAAGUGAUGGUCAGAUAUAAAAAGUAAAGACAUUUUUACCUUGAAGAUGUGAUACUCUGGAUCAAGAUCUUUCCGGUUAACACAGUUUACGGUCCCCUUUCGCGACCACUAAUUGAACAGAUAAGAUCUGUAGACGCGACAGCUGUGUCAACUCCUUAGGAUAGCACUUUUUACGAUCUGUCAGCAGAAUGCCGAAUCGCCCGAAGCCGAAGAAAGAUCGACGCAAUUCCCUCCAGUAUCUCCUGGCGAUUUCCUGUUGCCUCAUUUUCCUGGGAAAUCCGGCUGAUGGAAUGCGAUGCAGGAUUCCGUACGAGAGGGUCCGGGAAAACUAUUGCUACUUUGUGGCCGAUGAGAAACCGCUGCACACAUCGUUCCACAACUUCUGCUAUCAGGACAAGCGCACCUCGCGCGUCUGCCUGGAUAGUGAUGAGAAGAUGCGGUUUCUGGCCGAGCACCUCUACGAGAUGGGCUACCCGAAUGGAACCCAAUUCUGGAGUGCCGGCCACCGGUGGCCAGGGGAUAAUCGCUUCUACUGGAACUACUUUGGCAGAGCCCGGCCGCUGAGCUACUCGAACUGGGCGCCGGACGAGCCCACUCCAGAAAUGGGUCGCAAUUGUCUAAUACUCACACUGAAAGGUGGAGAACUGAUAAUGAGUAGUGAAUCCUGCUAUGUGCGAGCUAUCGAUAUUUGUGAACAGUCAUUGAAUGGCACCGAUUCGCACUCGAUUAUGCACUGAUCGCCAGAUGUAUCUCAACAUAUCUACAUAUGUACCUACUACACACAUCUCGAGUUGUCCAGUGUUAUUUUAUUUUCAUAAACUGGUUGUGAAAUAAAAUUGAAUUCCGACAAAA